UAAAAUGAUGGAAAAAGAUAUACCAGGCAAAUAUUAAUGGAAUGAAAACUGGUAUAUCAUUUGAAAUAGACUUUUAAGGCAAGUAGAAUUACUAGAGAUAAGAGUUGAUACACAAUAGUAUAUGUUUCACUUCUCCAUGAAUAUAUAGAAGUUUUAAAUUUGUAUGCCACUAAUAAAACCACAAAUAAAACAUAUAUUAAUAGAACCACCAGGAAAAUUUGACAAAUUUCACCACUGUAGUGGGAGAUUGUAGUAUAUCUUCCUCAUUAAUUGGUAAAGAGAGCAGGACCUCCCCCCCCCACACACACACACACACAAAAUCAGGAAUACAGAAAACUUAAACAGUAUAGUUAACAAGCUUGAUCCAAUGGACAUAUAUUGCAUCCAGUACUGUAGAAACAUCAAUUGAAUCAUCAUGAAAAUCAACACCUACUGGACCAUCAAGCAAGUUUCAACAAAUUUCGGAGGGUUAGUACGCUAUAAAUCAUUAAAGUUAGACAUCACUAAGAAAAACAAUCCCAUGGAAAUUAGGAUAUAUUCUUUGAAAUAACUCAAGUAUGAAAAAGGAAAUGUUAAUGGAACUCUUGCUGCCCUUUGUCUAGAAAGUGUUAAGUCAUUCCUCAAUUUUGCGUGUGGCAAACACAAUCCUGUGAAAUGGGCCACAUAAAGGUCUUUCAUUCUUGGCAUACCUGGUGAGAGUGCUAAGAGUCAAUGAUGGAUUGGUUCUCCCAACAGAAAGGACAGAAGUUUUAGUAAAUGAUGCUGGAACAAUUGUGUCUUUAUACGUAAAAGAUGAAAUUGAAUUUGAAAAAAUACAUCCAUAUAUUUGGGGAGGGGGAAUUGACUUAAAUGUGAAAGGUAAAAGCUAUAAUACAUAUAGAAGACAGUAUGGGAUAAAACUUCUAUGAAUUUUGUAUACAGAAGAAACUCUUAAAUGAGAAACUAUAGUAACCAUAAAGAAAGGGUUGAUUCACCCUAUUAAAGUUGAGAACUUUUUCAUUAAUAGGCAACUAAUAAAAAGACAAGCCAUCUAAAUAGGGGAAGAUAUUUGCAUUACAUAUAAAAAUUAGUAUCCAAACAAUAAUGGGGUGCCAUCGCCUUCUCAGACAAAUGGCUUCAGUAGACACUUAAUAGAAAGGGACUCUAAAUGGCACACACACACAAAAUUAUAUAUACGUUUGCCUUCUAGGUUUGUUUUGUACAUGAAGAGAUAUUCAACUCCAUUAAUAAUAUGGGAGAUGCAAAUUAUACCACAAGGAGAUACAAUUUCACAGUCAUCAGAACUGUAAGAGUAAAUGGGUCCAGUAAUUGGAAUGACUCCAGAAAAGAGAGCUGAAACUCCAGGAGCUGAAAAGGUUGCAGGAUUAAGCCAGAUUUACAAAAUGGGAAGCUUGCCUGAAGCUGUUGAUGCUGCCAGGCCAAAGGCCACUCUAGUGGACAAUGAGUCAGCAGAUGAUGAACUCACAAACUUGAACUGGCUUCACGAAAGUACUAACCUCCUAACAAACUUCAGCUUUGGAAGCGAAGGUCUUCCAAUUGUUAGUCCAUUGUAUGACAUAGAAGGAGAUGAUGUGCCAUCCUUUGGACCAUCGUGCUAUCAGAACCAAGAAAAAAAAUCAGCAACUUCAAAGCCCCCAUACUCCUUUAGUCUUCUCAUUUAUAUGGCUAUUGAACACUCUCCAAAUAAGUGUUUGCCAGUCAAAGAAAUUUAUAGCUGGAUUCUGAACCGCUUCCCAUAUUUUGCAACUGCACCAACCGGCUGGAAGAAUUCUGUUCGACAUAAUCUGUCCCUGAAUAAAUGUUUUCAGAAAGUGGAAAGAAGCCAUGGCAAGGUUAAUGGAAAAGGUUCCUUAUGGUGUGUUGAUCCAGAAUAUAAACCCAACCUUAUGCAGGCACUGAAGAAGCAACCUUUCUCCUCAAAGUCCACAUUUUACAGCCCUCCUGCAUCACCACAAAGUGGUUCUUUAUCACCUCACUACUUAAGCUCUGUACUCAAGCAGAACCAGGUGCGAACUCUCAAAGAAUCUGAUAUUGAUGCUGCCACUGCAAUGAUGCUUUUAAAUACUUCUAUAGAACAAGGAAUUUUGGAAUGUGAGAAGCCUCUGCCUCUUAAAACAACAAUGCAAAAAAAGAGGAGUUAUAGCAAUGCAUUUAAUCAUUCCAGUACUAUGCGAUUACAUGAGAGUGAUUCUUUAGCCACCAGCACUGAUCCAAAAGAAGACCACAAUUACAGUGCAAGUAGCAUGGCAGCACAGCGCUGUGCGUCCAGGUCUAGUGUGUCUUCUCUGUCUUCUGUGGAUGAGGUGUAUGAAUUUAUCCCAAAGAGUAGCCACGUAGGAAGUGAUGGCAGUGAAGGAUUUCGCAGUGAAGAAGACACAGACGUUGAUUAUGAAGAUGAUCCACUUGGAGACAGUGGCUAUGCAUCGCAGGCUUGUGCAGAUACCACUGAAAAGGGGCAGCCAGACAAAAAGAUGCGAAAACAGGCAUGUCAAGAAAUUGAUGAGGAGCUCAAAGAGGCAGCUGGAUCUCUGCUCCACCUUGCUGGUAUUCGUACAUGUCUAGGUUCCCUAAUAAGUACUGCAAAGACACAGAAUCAAAAGCAGCGGAAAAAAUAGAAAUACUUACUAGUGUGAAAUUAUUUUUAAAUGUGGCAAUACUCUUCUACUUAAUUCUUUACAAGGGAUAUCAAAGCCAUAAUGGACUACUUUUGUUUUAGGGUGGGGGAGGGGUGCUAAUUACUUGUUUAUUUCAAAAUAUUUUUGUUUUUUGAAUUUUUAUUAAAUAAUUGCUGUUAGGAUCAUGCCCAAUCAUCAAUAUGAUGUGAAAUCCUAAAAGCAUAAUUUUUGUGAUAAGUGUCUCCAAGAUUGGAAAUUUUAUGUUAAAAA